AUGAAUAUAAGACGAGAGGGACAUACAGCAUCCGUAUUAAAAAAUGGAAAAGUGUUAGUUGCUGGUGGAUAUGGUACUGGUUCUAGUGGUCAUCUGAAUAGUUCGGAGUUGUAUGAUCCAUUAACGAGAAUUUGGACGACUACGGGUGGCAUGAAUGAUAGACGAAUGGGGCACACAGAAUCCGUAUUAAUGGAUGGAAGAGUAUUGGUCAUUGGUGGCACCGGUAGUCGCCGUUUAAAUAGUGUUGAGUUUUAUGAUCCAUCAACAGAAACUUGGACAAUUACUGGCAGCAUGGAUGAUAUACGAAACGGACACACAGCAUCCGUAUUAAGAGAUGGAAAAGUGCUAGUUGCUGGUGGUUUUAAUGGUGAUCUUAAUAUUUACCUAAAUAGUGCGAUUUUAUAUGAUCCAUCGACAAGAACAUGGACAAAGACUGAUAGUAUGAAUAACACACGACGUUUUCACACAGCGUCCGUAUUAUCAGAUGGAAGAGUGUUAGUUGCUGGUGGAUUCGAUGGUCGGACUUAUCUAAAUAGUACCGAACUGUAUGAUCCAUCAACAGGAACUUGGACAACUACUGGUUACAUGAAUGAUGGACGAGAGGAACAUACAGCAUCCGUAUUAACAAAUGGAAGAGUGUUAGUUGCUGGUGGAUUCGAUGGUCGGACUCAUCUAAAUAGUACUGAACUGUAUGAUCCGUUAAUAGGACUGUGGACAACCACUGGAAGUAUGAAUGAUGCACGACAGCUCCACACAGCAUCCGUAUUAAUAAAUGGAAAAGUGUUCGUUACUGGUGGAUCCGGUGUUAUUGAUGUUCUAAAUAGUGCUGAGCUGUAUGAUCCGUUAACAGGACUUUGGACAACUAUUGAUCACAUGAAUGAUGCACGACAGCUUCACACAGCAUCCGUAUUAACAAAUAGAAAAGUGUUAGUUACUGGUGGAUUUGGUGGUGCUGGUAUUUUAAAUAGUGCUGAGCUGCAUGAAGUGUUUCAAACAAAUUAA